AUGUCAAUGUCGAUGGAAGCGCUACAGAUGGCCAUGGCAGAUGACGUGGACCAAUGGGAAGCCGCGGACGACCCGCAGGGAACCCUCAGCAUGAUGGCCAUGCUCCUGGGCGGCGGGGAUGCGAGUUUGGGCGGCACAAACGACGUUUUCCUGGGCGGCAGUGACUUUCAUUUGGGCGGAGCGAGUGACAUGCUGCUGGGCGGCACGUCAUUGGAAGAUCUCCUGGGUGGCGGUACCCACGGCGGCAAUGGUGGCGGAAUUGGCGGCGGGAAUGGCGGCGGGAAUGGCGGCGAUAUGGUGCACGGCCAAGGCCAGUGCGGCCCCGCGAUGGGAUUCGACAACCGCAUUGCCAGCGUCGCUGCCCAAGGCCAUCUGGACGGAGCUCUUCUCGAGGCGGCUUAUAACGGGACGCCUAUGAUGGGCGCCGGUGCUGGUUUGCCUCGUGGCAACCAUGGGCCCGCCAAUUGCGGUUCAGCUGUUCAGUGGGGCUCUUCGGAGGAGCAAGCACACGACGCCUCGUUUGUGGGACAGAGCAGCGUAAUUGGAGUUGACUCGUCCGCUGUACUCGGUACAAGCAGCCUCGUUGGUACACAUGGGCAUUCCGCCAUUGCUCCCGAUCCAACCAACCUCUGGAUGCUACAGCAGCAACAGCAACAGCAGCAACACCUGCUGCUCCAAUCCGAGCCUCACACACAGGCUUGGCCGGACCUGAAGCCACCAGCCGAUCUGAAGCCCGAGCGGAGGGCGCUGGUGGUGCAGUCGUGUGACUAUAAGGGGGGCAAGGGCGGCCGCCAGGGCGGCGCUCAGCUGCUUCAGAUGCCGCCCGGGUUGCGCCUUGCGCCGCCCGUGCCUGCGCUUGCGACUGCUGCUGUUGGAAACUCCGCCGUUGCCGCUUCUGCCACUGCUGGUUCAAAUGCUGCGGCAUUUGAGAAUUCUAAGAUAUUGCCUGGCACGGCUACUCACCCACACGUGCGUGGCAUGGCUGCAGUGCCUGGCACGGCUGCAGUGCCUGGCAUGGCGGCUCUCCCAGACGAGCGCGGAAAUGGUUAUGUGAACACGAGUGCGCGCAUGCGGCUGCCACGGGCCAGCACUGCGCCCGCGAAUGCGGCUCCUCUGGACAGCGCAGCAGCAGCAGUGGCUGUAGCGGCGGAAGUGGGGAACGAACACUUUCUUCUUGACAGCAGCGGCGGUGCUGUGAGCGGCGGCAUGUGGCGCAGCCACAGCAGCACCAGCCGGAGCAGGCCGGUCGCUGUUUGGGCGAGUGAGGCGGGAGUGAGUGGCGCAGCGGAGGGGGAACGGGCGCCCGCUGCACUGAGCGGUUUGCUGGAGUGCCCAGGGGAGCUGCAGUCAAUUGAGGGUGCUGCUGCUGCCUUUGGCACCGCUGCUGGCGCUGCUGCUGCUGCCGAUGCUGGUGCUGGCAAUGCUGGUGGUGGUGGUGGUGGUGGAAGUGAGAGAUUGGCACGAGCCGGGAUGCGCAAGAGUCGCAGCAGCAGCAGUGCCAGGCCUCGUGUCACUCAACUGGGCCCACGGGGAGGCGGCAAACGAGCAACAGCCGGCACGGGCAUGAACCGAAGCCGCAGCAGCCACGUGCUGCUCACCACCCCUGCCGCCACCACUCCUGCUACCGCCAUUCCUGACCCUGCCGCUCCUCCUUUCCACUCUCCUCCUCUUCCCACUGCUGCGGCGGCCACUGCUGGUGCCAGCAUUGGUGGAGUGCAGAAGAGUGGCGAGGCAUGCCCUGGCUCACCAGAGUGGGAUCUUCCAUCCUUCCAGCGGGAGAACCAGGCCCUGGCUCAGGCACUGCUGCACGAUGCUGACCUCGGCUUCUCACCUCCUUCCCAAACUGCUGCUGCUGCUGCUGCUGCUGCUGCUGCUGCUGCUGGUAGUGCUGGUGCUGUUGGUGGUGGUGCUGCUGCUGUGGGCUCAUAUGACGUCAGCAGAAGCAUGAGCGGAGGAGGGGCGACAGGCGCCGGGAUGAGCAGCUGCAGCCUGGGCGGCGAGACGAGCUUGGGCGGCACCAGCAUUUGCGGCACGAGCCUGGGCGCGGGCACGAGCAUGGGCGGCGGGACAAGCAUGGGCGGUGGGACAAGCACGGGCGGCGGGGUGGCAACGGGCGGCGACAGCAGCGACCCGGAGGAGCAAGGGUUGGCGAAGGGCACGUGGUUACCGGAGGAGGACGGCGUGCUGAUGGAGUAUGUGCGCUGCCACGGCCCGCGCAACUGGGGCGCGCUCAGAGCCAGAGGGCUGCUCAGACGCUCGGGCAAGAGCUGCCGAUUGCGAUGGGUCAACCAGCUGAAGCCCGGCCUGCAGGUGGGUUGCUUGAAUCAGAGGUAUGGAGGCAAGGGGUGCAAGCGGUUCAGCGAGGCGGAAGCAAGUGUGGUGCUGGCGCUGCAGCGCGCCGUGGGCAACAAGUGGGCGCACAUCGCCCGCCACCUGCCCGGCCGCACGGACAACGAUGUGAAGAACUUCUGGAACCUGCACCUCAAGCGCCAGGCCCGCCUGCGCGCUCGGGGGGGAGGGGCGCGCCUUGGCGAGGAUGGGGAUGGGGAUGGGGGUGAGCGAGAUGGUGGUAACCAAGACAGUGGUAACCACAUUGGUAACCAGAGUGAAGAAGACCAUAAGGGUGAGAAGCGGGGGAGCGGUGAAAAUGGUGAUGGGGGCCGCGACAGCACCUUGAACAGUGGCAGCCCAGAGCAUGAGGGUGGGAUGGCAGCGAGCGAGGGUGGGACUCCUGGGGCCCAUGAGGACGUUGCAUGGACCAAUCACAUGGCAGGUACCGAUCCACUCCUCCCGCGCGCCCGCCCCUCUUCCUCCUCCGGGAGGCCUCUGUCGGCCGGCAGCCGCCCGUCUUCCUCGUCCGGGCGGCAGUCAAAGCUAUCGCUGCACCAGAGGCGUCUGCAGCGGAACUCCUCUGGUGGAGGUGGCAGCGGCCUUGGCGCAACUGGCGCUGGUGGUGGGGGGGGAUGUGCACGCUGUGCUGGUUGCCGCAAUGCCGCCGGUAACAACAACGGGGUUGACAGCAUGAUCGGCACUGGUGCUGCCGCUGCUGCCGCCGCCGCUGCCGGUGCGGUGGGGAGUGGCGAUGAGGAGCAGGCACCAGGGAGUCCCACGGAGGGCGGAGGGGGAGCGGGGGAAGCCAUGGACGUGGCGGGCGCGGGGAGCAGCCUCUCUGCUCUCAAGAUAGGUGCGCCUCUCAAGAUAGGCGAGCCCAACGCGCAGCUGAAUACGCUGAUCAACCUAGAGGAUUGGAUCAACUCCCCUUCACCCGCUGCUGCUGCUCCCCCUCGCCGUACGGGCUGCUCGCCCUUCUACAUCAACCUCUCCCCCUCCGCCCGCCGCCUCCGCUCCCCCGGCUCCCCCUCCCCCCGCUCCCUCUACCUCCGCUCCCCCUCCCCCCGCGCCCUCGCCUCCCCCCGCGCCCUCCCCUCCCCCCGUCACCGCGCCUCCCCAGCCCACCGGGUCUUCCCCCACCCUCCCCCGCACCCCUCGUCCCGCCACUCCCCCCUCUCGUCCUCCCCAUCCCGUCACAACAACCACUCGGGUUCCCAGCCCUCCCCUCUCUCCUCGUCUUCCCCUCGGCCCCCCUCACGGCCUCGGCACCCCCUCUCCUCCUCCUCCCUCUCGCCCUCUCACCCCACCGGCCAUCGCUCACUGGAAAAGCAUGUGGUGGGAGCUGAGGAAAGGGAGGUGGGUGAUCAUGUGAAGCAGCAGGGCCAGGAAGGCAGUGAGGAAAGAAGGCAGGAGACAGAGAGAAGACAGUUGCAUGAGGAAAAGCAGGGGGAGGAGGAAAAGCAUGGGCAGGAAAAUCAACCUAGGGGAAUUCAAGCAGCAGAGGGAGAGGUUCCGCAGGGGACCAGCCUGGCCAGUUACAGGGUGCCACGUGGCAAGGGGCUGCUGCAGCUUCCCAAUCAAAGAAAGCCAGCCGCACACAGUGGCUCACUGGCCUCUGCCCUGGAGCCACUUCAGCAUGAGAUUAUGCCACAUCAGGAGGAAAUUCUGCCAAGUCAGCAGCUUCAGCCCAUUCAGAUGGAAUCUAGCUGGCAUAAUCCCGAGCUCGUUCACGAACCCGCAGGAAACCCUGUUGCCGAGCCUCUUGUGGAGCCUCUUGCCGAGCCUACUGCCGAGCCUAUUGCUGGAGGCAUGACCAUGUGUGAGAAGAGGGAUAGGAGCGUGUGUCGGAGCAUGAGCAUGGAGAGCAGCGUGCGAAGGAGCCAGCACCAGCAGGGUAGGAAAAGCUCUACUGGCGUUGCUGCCAGUGCCUCGCUACAAGCAUCUCCGAUAGAAGACGUGCUGGUGCCAGCAGUGCGGCAGCAGCAGAAAAUGCAAGAAUUCCAAGCGGCUCUGCACAGCCCCAGUGCGAGCCUCAAGGCGAAUGCAGGCGUGCAUGGGAUCCGCGUGUGGCAUUUGGGUGCGCCUGCUGCCGCCCUCGUGCCGCCCGUUAUUGAUGUCUCGGUUGCUGCUGCCGCCCUCGUGCCGCCCGUUAUUGAUGUCUCGGUUGCUGCUGCCGCCCAUGUGGGCAUGGGGCAGUCUGGGGAUGCUGGUGGGGUGAUAGAGUACCACUGGGCGCCAUCCGCGCCUUUCAUCGAUCUUUCUUCCGGUCCCCUCUCUGUUGCGUCUGCUCCCAUCUUUCCUCGCGGAUCGUCCUUGCGCAAUAGAGCAUUCCAAACUGCUAGGGUUCUUGACUCGUCCUCCCACAGCCAAUUCCCCACAUUCUCUUUCCCAAACCCUCGUCUCCCCAUCCCCCAACCCCCCGCUUCCGCGGAUCCUGCGCGCGCGCGCGGCAGGUUGGACAAGACGCGCAUGUUCGUGGUGGGCGCGGGGCUCUUCAGCGGACUGACCGUUGCGCUCUACCCGCUCUCCGUCAUCAAAACGCGCCUCCAGGUCUCUCCGCUCCCGCUCUCCGCCGCCCAUGCCGCCCCCGCUUCCGCUCCCCCUUCCUCUUCCGCUUCCGCUUCUGCUUCCCCCGGAGCGGGCGCGCCUGCUGCUCCCGCAAGGCCUGCGGCGCAAGCAGCGGGCAAUGCAGGGCUGGCGGGAGCAAGCGGGGUGGCGGGUUCGGGGGGAACGGGAGCAUCCCGGGCGGUGGAGGGGGCGGGAGCGGAAGCCCGCGUUAGUGGGAAUGGCGCGGCGACAGCAGCGGGCACUGCAAGAACAGGCGGAGACAAAAGGGCAACUACAGGUGCAGCAGCUGUAACACCAGUCACACGGGUAACACCAGGAACAACUGGAACAGCGGUGAGUGGAGCAACAGCUGCAGCAGGCGGAGCAACGGGGGGAGCAGCAGGCGGAGCAACGGGGGGAGCAACAGGGAGAGCAGCUUCAGCAGGAGGGGCAGCGCGGGCAGCGGCGGGGGGCAGGGGCCCAUCCUCCGUGAGCCUAGCGGUGGGCAUGGCGCGGCACAUAGCGCGCACGGAGGGCGUGAGGGGGUUCUUCCGCGGCAUGGGGACUGUGGUGGCGGGUAUGCUCCCCGGGCGGAUCAUUUAUAUGGCCGUGCUGGAGGCUGUCAAGGCCAACACGCUCAAGGGGAUUAACGGGUGGGGGAGGAGGGGGAGGGAGUGGGGGACAGGGGGGUUGGGAGUGAUGGUCUGGGAUGAGGGAGUGGGGGAUUGGGGGAGGAGGGAGGGGAAAGGGAGGGCAGGAGGAGGAUUUCCAUGUUCUUCAUUCAUCCAACCUCCCGCCGUUUUCCCCUCCCGCCGUUUUCCCCUCCCACAAUCCUAUUCUCUUUCCCAUCUCUUCCGUCCCCCUGCCGCACUCUCCCUUCGUCCCAACCCGUCCCACCCUCGCACGUGCCGUUCUCCCUUAUCCCACCCGCUCCUCCCACUCGCCCAUCAUCAGAUCAGCUCUCGUCUCGUGGCACAGCAGGGCGACCUGCCACACCACGCCACCAGACCCGCACCCGCUGCACCAGGAGCGCCGCUAGCAGCUUCCACACCAGCAGCGGCAGCAGGAGCAGCAAGAGCAGGAGCGGCAGCGGCAGGAGGAGGGGCAGGGGCGGGGGCAGUGCGGUAUAAGGGGGGGAUUGACGCACUGGUGAUGAUACUGCGAACGGAGGGGCCGCGUGGGCUGUACCGUGGGUUUGGGUUGUCGGUGCUCACGUAUGCUCCCUCGGGGUUCAUCUGGUGGGGCACCUAUGGCGCCACGCAACGCCUGUUUUGGAGUUUGUACGACCAGUUGUGGGCACCAGCAGGCGGCGCAGCAGCAGCGCCCCCACUGGCGCUGGUGGUGGGCGUGCAGGUGGGGGGCGGCAUGUGUGCCGGGCUGGCGUCCGCCCUCGCCACCACCCCACUUGACACCGUCAAGACACGCAUUCAGGUGGGGCGCAGGAGCGGAGCAGCAGUGACAGUGGCCGCGGUGGUGAGGCAGCUAGUGGAGCAGGACGGGGUGAGAGGGCUGUACCGUGGCUUCGCCCCUCGCUGUGCCAGCACCAUGCUCUGGGGCACUGCCAUGGUCUCUACCUACGAGUACCUCA